AUGUCAGCACACGGAGGUAGCGGCGGCCAAUUUGAGCCUGUCAAAGAAAAGCAAGCCCAGCCUCUCCCCGGAUCAGAGAGAGCUAUGAAGCCGACAAGCGAAUCGACUGCUCUCGAGGGCAGUGAGGGCUUUGUCGAAUAUGUCGGGUCUGGAAAGCUGAAGGACAAGAAAGUUCUCAUUACCGGCGGAGAGUACAGCAGUGGCUAUCAUAUUUGGUCGCGAAGGUUCGCGUAUUUUGUUACGGCGAACAUCCUGCAGAUGUUCGCCGUAACAAAAUUCGCGCUUCCGCAUAUGAAAAAGGGAUCCGCCAUCAUUAACACCACUUCGACUGUCGCAUUCCGCGGAACCCCAGACAUGGUCGAUUACGCCGCCACGAAAGGUGCUAUUGUCUCAUUCACAAAAGCGCUCGCAAAGCACCUCAUGCCCAAAGGCAUUAGGGUUAAUGCUGUAGCACCUGGACCUGUACAUACACCGUUGCAGCCCGCAUCACGGCCUGCGGAGCAGAUGGAAGGCUUUGGUAAGAAGUCUGGUAUUGGCAGGCCAGGGUAG